AUGGAAAAAACACCAAGAAACUCUGUAGAGGACUUGCUAACGUUAUUUAAAGAUGUUAAAGAUGAUAACAAAUUAGAGAGUGAAGAAACAAAAAAGACAGAGAAAAAAGAGAGGAGAAAAUCUCUGAGUAUUAAUGUAAAUGAUGAAGUACCAGAAAAAAGAAAGAGAAAAAGCACAAAACAAGAAGGAACCCCACAACCAAAAGUUGGAGCUAUGCUUGAAAUCCAAUACAAGCACUUACCAGAUAAAAUAGAUAUUUCUGAAUUAAAGGUAUUAAUUGAAAAAAUACCAAGAAUGGAAGAGAAAAUAAUGUUUAAUGAGAAAAAGAUUGAUUAUUGUACAUAA